AUGCAGGAGGCGAAGACGCCGCCGACGGAGGAGGCGCUGCAGCCGCUGCAGGAGCGGCUCGACGCGGUGGAUAACAAACGCGUGGACGGCAUCUUCGGCGGGUCGCUCAAGACCGUCAUUCCCGAGGGCCAGGCGAUCCUGCACGAGCUCAUGGACGAGGCUUACGACCUGGUGAGCGAGCUGGUGGUGAAGGCCUCCGAGAUGCCCCCCGAGAUGAAGCAGAUCUACGACACGCUGUGCGGGCUGAAGCGCAAGCUGCAGAAGAUGAAGGCGGACCGGUCGUACUCGCUGGAGGACAUCCACCACUACCAGCUCAUGGUCGACGCUAUUGACUCGCGCCGCGUCGACGGGAUCUUCGCGGGGAACCUGCAGUCGAUCCCGCCCGGCCAGGCGCAGUGCAGCACGGUGCUGUUCCAGGUGUACGAGCUGCUGCGCAUCCUGCUGGGUUCCGCGCACGACAUGAACGCAGAGAUGCGGGGCAUCUACACGCACCUUAUCGGCAUCAAGCGCAAGCUCAUUGAGCUCAAGAGCAAGCACAUCAAGCACAGCACGGAGGACCUGCACAUCUACCAGCUGCAGCUGGACGCCAUUGAUAGGGACCGCGUGGAGGGGAUUUUCGGUGGCUCGCCCAAGACGGGCAUUCCGGCCGGGCAGGCGGUUUGCUCCACACUGCUCGCGCAGUGCUUCAAGCUCGUGCAGGACUUGCAGGAAACGGCGACGGAUGUGUAG